AGACACAGAGAGAGGGACCCAGAGAGAGCCAGACAGACGCAGGUGGCUGGCUGCGGGCACUGUGGGGGUAACAGUAGGGGAACCUGUGAUGGCCCUGAGGACGAUGCUCAAGGCUCCUCUCCUGCUCCUGGGGCUGCUGACUGAAGGCCUGGUGCGGUUGGCGAUUCCUGCCUCCAUCCCCUGGGGCUUCUGGGCCCUGCCUGAAAACCUUACAGUGGUGGAGGGGGCCUCGGUGGAGCUGUGGUGUGGGGUCAGCACCCCUGGCAGUGCAGUGCAAUGGGCCAAAGAUGGGCUGCUCCUGGGCCCCGACCCCAGGAUCCCAGGCUUCCCGAGGUACCGCCUGGAAGAGGACCCUGCUAGACUAGGUGAAUUUCACCUGCACAUCGAGGCCUGUGACCUCAGCGAUGACGCGGAAUAUGAGUGCCAGCUCGGCCACUCCGAGAUGGGACCCGAGCUCGUGUCUCCCAGAGUGAUCCUCUCCAUCCUGGUUCCUCCCAAGCUGCUCCACCUGACCCUGGAGGCAGACACCAUGGUCACCUGGGUAGCUGGGCAAGAGUACGUGGUCAGCUGUUUGUCUGGCGACGCGAAGCCAGCACCUGACAUCACCAUUCUCCUGAGUGGACAGACAUUAUCCAACAUCUCUGCAAACGUGAACGAGGGCUCCCAGCAGAAGCUCUUCACUGUGGAGGCCACAGCCAGGGUGACACACCGGAGCUCGGAUAAUGAGCAGUUGCUAGUCUGUGAGGCGUCUAGCCCAGCACUGGAGGCCCCCAUCAAGGCCUCAUUCACCGUGAAUGUUCUGUUCCCUCCAGGACCCCCUGUCUUCGAGUGGUCAGGCUUGGAUGAGGGGCACGUGCGGGCAGGACAGAGCUUGGAGCUGCCAUGUGUGGCCCAAAGGGGGAAUCCCUUAGCCACACUGCAGUGGCUGAAGAAUGGACAGCCGGUGUCCACAGCGUGGGGCACAGAGCACACCCAGGCCGUGGCCCGCAGUGUGCUGGUGAUGACCAUGAGGCCAGAAGACCAUGGAGCACAGCUCAGCUGCGAGGCCCAUAACAGCUUGUCUGCAGGGACCCAGGAGCGCAGCAUCAUGCUGCAGGUCACCUUUCCCCCUAGUGCCAUUACAAUCCUGGGAUCUGCAUCCCAGGUUGAGAACAAGAAAGUGACACUCUCCUGUGUCAGCAAGUCCAGUUGCCCAUGGGUCCUGCUACGAUGGUGGCUGGGCUGGUGGCAGCUGCUGCCCAUGGAGGAGACGAUCAUGGAUGGACUGUAUGGUGGUUAUAUCUCCAUGUCCAACCUGACAUUCCUGGCGCGGCAGGAGGACAACGGUCUGACCCUCACAUAUGAGGCCUUCAGUGAAGCCUUCACAAAGGAGACGUUCAAGAAGUCGCUCACCCUGAACAUAAAAUAUCACGCCCAGAAACAGUGGAUUGAGGGUGCCCCAGAGGGGCAGAAGCUCUGGGCUGGGACCCGGGUGAGGCUGGUGUGUUUGGCCAUCGGGGGUAACCCAGAGCCCUCCCUCACAUGGUACAAGGUUGUCGGCAACGUGGAGAAAUCUGGGAGCACCUUCUCCCGAGAGCUGGUGCUGGUCACAGGGCCGUCGGACAACCAGGCCAAGUUCACGUGCAAGGCUGGCCAGCUCAGCGCGUCCACGCAGCUGUCUGUGCAGUUUCCCCCAACUAACGUGAUGAUCCUGGUCAACGCAUCCGCACUGCGCCUGGGGGAUGCCUUAAACUUGACGUGCAUCAGCGUUAGCAGCAACUCGCAGGUCAGCUUGUCCCGGGACAAGGAAGGCGAGAGGAUGGAGGGCUUGGCCGCCCCGCCCAGGAGAGCCCCGUUCAAAGGCUCCGCGGCCAGAAGCGUCCUUCUGCAAGUGUCAUCCCGCGAUCAUGGCCAACGUGUGACCUGCCGCGCCCACAGCACGGAGCUCCGCGAAACCGUGAGCUCCUUCUAUUGCCUCAACGUGCUGUACCGUCCAGAGUUCCUGGGGCAGCAGGUGCUGGUGGUGACCGCGGUGGAGCAGGGUGAGGCGUUGCUGCCCGUGUCCGUGUCCGCUCACCCUGCCCCCGAGGCCUUCAACUGGACCUUCCGCGGCUAUCGCCUCAGUCCAGUGGGCGGCCCCCGGCAUCGCAUCCUGUCUAGCGGGGCUCUCCAUCUGUGGAAUGUGACCUGCGCGGAUGACGGCCUCUAUCAGCUGCACUGCCAGAACUCCGAGAGCACCGCAGAAGCGCUGCUGCGGUUGGACGUGCACUAUGCUCCCACCAUCCGUGCCCUCCAGGACCCCACUGAGGUGAACGUUGGGGGUUCUGUGGAUAUAGUCUGCACUGUUGAUGCCAAUCCCAUCCUCCCAGGCAUGUUCAGCUGGGAGAGACUGGGAGAAGAUGAGGAGGACCAGAGCCUGGAUGACAUGGAGAAGAUAUCCAAGGGACCUACGGGGCGCCUGUGGAUUCACCAGGCCAAACUGGCCCAGACUGGUGCUUACCAGUGCAUCUUGGACAACGGGGUGGCACCUCCAGCACGAGGGCUGGUCCGUCUUGUUGUCAGAUUUGCCCCCCAGGUGGAGCACCCCACUCCUAAGGUGGCUGCAGCUGGGGACAGCACCAGUUUUGCUACCCUCCACUGCCGUGCCCGAGGUGUCCCCAACAUCGUUUUCACUUGGACCAAAAAUGGGGUCCCUCUGGACCUCCAAGAUCCCAGAUACACGGAGCACACAUACCAGCAGGGCGGUGUCCACAGCAGCCUCUUGACCAUUGCCAACAUGUCUGCAGCCCAGGAUUAUGCCCUCUUCACAUGCACAACCACCAACUCCCUAGGCUCGGACUAAACCAACGUUCAACUCAUCAGCAUCAGCUGCCCUGACCCUCCAUCAGGAUUAAAGGUUGUGAGUCUGACCCCACACUCUGUGGAGCUGGAGUGGAAGCCUGGCUUUGAUGGGGGCCUGCCACAGAGGUUCUGCAUCAGGUACGAGGCCCUGGGGACUCCAGGGUUCCACUAUGUGGAUGUCCUACCACCCCAGGCCACCACCUUCACACUGACUGGUCUGCAGCCUUCUACACGAUACAAGGUCUGGCUGCUGGCCAGCAAUGCCUUGGGAGACAGUGGACUGGCUGACAAGGGGACCCAGCUUUCCAUCACUACCCCAGGUCUGGACCAGCCUUCCAGAGAACCUGAAGACCAGCUGCCCACAGAGCCGCCUACAGGACCCUCAGGGCUGGCCCUGCUGCCUGUGCUCCUCGGUCUUAGGGGACUUCUGCUCCUCUCCAGUGCCUCCUGUGUCAGGGGAGUCCUCUGGCAGUGGAGACUCAGGCGUCUUGCUGAGGGUGAGGAGAGACCUUCCCUGCGGGGGUCGGAGGACCCAGUCAGGAACUAAUAUGAGGAGAGCCAGUGGACAGGAGAGCAGGACACUCGGAGCUCCACGGUGAGCACAACAGAGGCAGAGCUGUAUUACCGCUCCCUGAGGGACUUGAGCCCCCAGCUGCCCCCGACACAGGAGGAGGUGUCUUAUUCCCAAGGUUUCACAGGUGAAGAUGAGGAUAUGGCCUUCCCUGGGCACUUGUAUGAUGAGGUAGAAAGAACGUAUCCCCUGUCUGGAGCCUGACCCCUCUACGAUGAAGUGCAGAUGGGCCCCUGGGACCUCCGCUGGCCUGAAGACGCAUAUCAGGAUCCAAGAGGAAUCUAUGACUGGGUGGCAGGAGACUUGGACACUCUGGAAGCUGAUUCUCCGCCCUUCGAGCUGAGGGGACAUCUGGUGUGAGAGCCCUCUCAACCCCCUUGUCCUGCACCUGCAGGAAUUUACACUCCACUGGUCCCUUUCAUUACAGCCUGGGCCGAGCUGGUUAGGUGAGCUCCAUAAAACCCAAAGGGACUCGGCUUUGUCAGAAGAGGACAUGGAGGGGGUUGAGUGACAGAAGAUGGUUCCGCUGGUACCAGACUAGAAACAAGGUAUAUCCUGGGGUUGGCUUUAGAAACUAAACUUCUGCGAAAGGACAGGGCAGAUUGUA